GGAUAAUCAAGUGAAAGAAGGCAAGAUAUUCAUUGUGAAGCAAGAGAUAGUGAGCUUUCACAGGACAUAACCCAAUUUGAUUGCCAGUUUUGGAAAUCAAAAAAGAAGUCCACAGGCCCUUUUUUUUUCUUGUUCUUGCUGCUUCCUCCUUUUUUUUCCUUUUUCAAUCGUUCAAUACAUUGCGCCAUUUUUCAAACCACACCAGAAUGUCAACAGAAACUCUGGUUUCCGAAUUGAACCAGGCGUUGGACACGUUGACUCGUCUUCAUCGAGAGAUCGGCACACCUUACAAUCAAAUCAACGACGACAAGGUCGCGCUGUUUCAAGCGAUUUCCCAGCUCACCAACCAACACGUACACGAUCUCACCACCCAACGGGACACAUUACGCCAACAAAGGGACCAAGCCCUCCAUCAAAUGGCCAAACUGAAGCGACUCAUGGGUGAUUUUGUGCCCCACCCUAGCCCACCUGUUACUGAUCACAAGUCGUUAAACGACCAGUUGGCCGAUUUGAAAGCACAGGAAGUGGAACUGAAAAAGGGAUACGAUGAAAAACUGAACAAAGUGAAAACACUGCACGACAAACUGCGAAACUACGCAAUCCCUUUGGGAGGUUUUAUUGAUUCGGAAUUGCUAAAAGAAGAGAAAGAUAUUGAUGUGUCGCUACCGAAACUGACGGCCUUGGAAGCCCAAGUCAAACGAUGUGACGAAGAAUUUGUAAGUCGAUCCACUCACCGUCAAAAACGAUAUGCUCAUGCACUUUUUGAGUACAGCAUCAUCGUGUGCGUUACAUACAAUCAAAGAUCCAAGAAGUGGUGCAGCUAUGGACACUGCUUGAUGUAGAACCGCAAAACGAAGAAGACCGCAUCUUGCACCAACUGGCUUUCACGGAAACGACCGACAACAAAAACGAUUUGUAUCUGCAGAUUGUCAGUGAUGACGGCAUGCGAUAUGUGAGACAACGUAUACUGCAGCUUGAUGAAAUCAAACAACAACGUGAAUUCCGUAAAAACGAAAUUUCCCUGAAGCUCAUACCUCUUUGGCAACGUUUGAGCAUUGACCAACA